AUGAGCAGCGUCACCCCCGGUUCAUCCCAGACGUCCUCUAAAGUAGGCAGUCUCGCCGAUGAGAAGCCGGGAAAGCGAUGGAAUGGCUAUGAGGACAAGAAGAUGCCUGAAAAGUUGCUGAAAGGUGCAAUCGCCGGUGAUACGAAACGUACGGCUCCAGGCUUUCUCGAUCUACCAUUGCCUUUUCUCAGUGGUGUUCAUUACCAACAUGAGCUUCAUCAUCUCGUACGCGACGAGGGGGUAUGUUACGAGUCGUUCCACGGCCCGAUACUUUUACCUGACGUUUUUCCCUGUUUCCCCCGUCUCCCGGUUUAG